AUGGCGAUGGUUUUAGAUGCUUUUGUGAACAUUUUCAUCGAGAAGCUGGCCGAUCUCAUCCAAGACAGGGUUGUGAUGAUGCUGGAGGUGGAUGACGAGUUGCAGAAACUCAAGGAAAGUCUGGAAACAAUUAUUUGCCUGUUGAAGGUUGCGAAGAGGAAGAAGAUCCAAGACUCGGCGAUCGGUAGCUGGGUGAGCAAGCUGAAAGAUGUCAUGUACGAAGCUGACGACAUUAUCGACCUCUGCAAAGCGAAGGGUGGCAUACUCGCGGAGGAAGAACCAUCAUCGGCGUCGUUGGGUCAACGGGUACGCCGUUGCUUCCCUCUUCUCUCAUGCUUUGUUGGUGUUCCCUUUCGUUAUCAAAUUGGUAUCAAGAUUAGGGACCUGAAUGAUCGACUCCAGCAUCUUUCUAAUGAUAACUUGAGCUUUAGUAAGCUAGCUUCUAUCAAUCGACAAGCCUCAAUAAGUGCCAUUACCAGUAAAACUUCUCCGCUUGUGCCGCCGGACAUUACCGGAAGUGUCAUUUAUAAGGCUACAGAUAAUCUCAUUGGGUUGUUGAACAAGGGAAAUGAACGAUCGUGUCGCCUUUUUGCUAUUACGGGCAUGGGAGGAAUAGGGAAGACAACACUAGCACAGAAGAUAUUCAAUGAUUCUAGGAUUAUCGACAAUUAUGAAAUCAGAUUAUGGGUGUGCGUUUCAAAAGUAUAUUCCGAGAUCGAUCUGUUAAAACAGAUGAUAAGAGGAGCAGAGAUAGAUUCUGGGCAAGCAACGGAGAGAGCAGAACUAGAACCGAUGCUUAGAAGGGCUAUUGACGGAAAGAGCGUCUUUUUGGUGCUCGAUGAUAUCUGGCGAGCGGACGUAUGGGUAAACUUACUUCGUACUCCACUGAGCAGUGCAACGGCUAUCAGAAGAAUCUUGGUUACCACCAGAGACGGAAAGAUCGCAAACCAGACGGGAGCCGUACAUAUACAUAAUGUCAAAUUGCUGCGUGAGGACGAAGGUUGGGAACUGCUGUGCACGAGCGCAUCGCUACAACGGAAGAAAGAUAUCCUAAACCUGAGAGAUAUAGGAAUUGGGAUCGUUCGGAAAUGCCAUGGUCUUCCUCUGGCAAUCAAGACAAUGGGAGGAGUUCUAAUGACAAAGGAGAAAAGCCGGGGAGAGUGGGAAAAGGUGCUCGACAAUGGUGCUUGGACCAUGAGCAAGCUUCCAAAAGAACUCAAGGGAGCCCUGUAUUUAAGUUACGAGGAUUUACCGUCUCAUCUCAAACAGUGCUUUCUCUACUUUGCACUUUUCCCCGAGGACCAUGAGUUUCAUCGAGAGGAUCUUGUUAGACUAUGGGUAGCAGAAGAAUACAUAGAAAAAGAAGGUAGCAGGUUGCCGGAAGAGACAGCCGAGGAGUACUACAUAGAGUUUAUAAGGAGGAGCAUUCUACAGCCAAAUCCAGGGCUUGGAAAUAUAAAAACUACUAAGGUGCAUGAUCUGCUGCGAUCGCUUGCUCAAUAUUUGGCAGAAGAUGAAUGUAGCAACGUAAAUGCUCGUGAAAUAAAAUUCCCUACCAAGCAAAAGCUUCGUCGUCUAUCGAUAACAGAGGAAGGGAAUGUGGCAAUAAUACCUGAAGUUUUUUCCAAGCACAACUGCCUGAGAACCUUGAUGCUCUUCAGAAGCCCGACAACCGUCCUAAAUGAAUCCUUGCGUGUCCAGACUACCGGAAUCCAUCGGGCAACUUACCAACCUGCAAGUGUUAGACCUCCGCUCUUGCAAGCAUCUGUGCACACUGCCUCGGGGCAUUACCAGAUUGUGCAAUUUGAGGUGUCUCGAUCUUUUGAAGGCACCACUAGAACAUUUACCGGCGGGGAUUAUGAAGUUGAAACAGCUGAAUUUUCUCUCAGGGUUUGUGAUCGGUGA